AUAUGUGCCUCAUCAGCACUAGCCCGCGGCUCAAACAAGAACAAAGAUGCCGUCCUCCUAUCGACCGUCAAGGCAUUGACUCUCCGUGAUGGCGCCAUGACGACCCAUCGUCGCGUGGAAGCAAUACCACAGCUCUCAUGUGUGGGAGGAAACGCGAAAGGACUUUACAACGUUGACCGUAUGCGAUGUACGAAUUCGGGACACGAGUACGAUACCGAAGACAUUCAAUGGACAUGCAAAGCCGACUUGCCUGUGGAAUUCAAGCUCGGUGGUACAGAUGUCAUCUGUGAAGGCUACGACUCUCCUGACGAUCCCUAUGUUCUCAAGGGAUCCUGUGCUGUCGAAUAUCGGCUGAUCCUCACUCCGGCUGGCGAGGAGAAGUAUGGUUUGCCGAAAUCAGGCUGGUUCUCUGGCUCGCAACGUGUUAAGCCUGGCGAACAAGCUGGCUACAGUGACAGCAGUGAAACAGUAGCCACUUAUAUAUUCUGGAUUUUCUUUCUGGGGGUUCUCGGCGUCAUCAUCUGGAGCGUUUGGACUGGAGGCGGCAACAACAAUGGUGCUCGACGACCACGCAUACCUCGGAACGGAGGCGGAGCAGGAUACGGUGGCUUCGACGACGAUGACAACAACGAUCCCCCUCCACCGUAUACGCCACGAACCCCAAGAUCGAAGUCGACACGAAGUACAUCAGGCAGCACAGGCGGCAACGCAUGGCAACCGGGCUUUUGGUCCGGUACAGCGGCCGGCGCAGCUGCAGCUUAUGCUGCGAAUCAGUGGGCUAAUCGCAGCAACAGGACUCAGCAACCACCACCACCACAAGCUGGACCUUCCAACUGGUUUGGAGGUGGAAGAAGGCAACAGCAAUACGCUGCACCCCAGCCAGAGCCGUCAGGUUGGUUCGGCGGAGGUGGCAGAAGUCCGAGCUUCGGGGCCGGUCCUUCGAGCUCCUCACCAGCGCCUAGUACGAGUCGUUACGAGUCUUCUGGAUUUGGAGGUACAAGACGGCGUUGAACAGUCUGCUGUCCUAGACCCCAUGUGACCGAAGUCCCACUUCAGCUGCAGGAAUACGCGGGGCUGCUCUGAACUUCUGGAGACUGGGUACAUGUCAUCUGGAUUGUAGCAGAUAUAGCUCCACUGAUCAUCGCCAAACGUGAUUUACGUACACAGAAUGAAGCUGAAGUGGCGUCCAAGCACGCGCGAAUCGCAGCACUACUCACAAACGAAUCGAGGACACCAGAUGCUAAGACUUUUCGAGAGGCGUCUUGCAUAAAGACACCCAGUGGGUCAUAGUCUGACGAUAGAAGGUGUGGGAGGGCAGCGUCUCUCAGUUUGUUCGAUAAAGGACCGAAGAUGAAAGCGACAGAGCUCCAAACCAGGGAAGAGGUCCAAACCUAAAACUUGGUUUCGAAAACUUCGUAAAGCCGACGAAUGAAGCAAACAUGAGUGAGCUUGGUGCAUAGCCACUAUCGCUUCCGGCUCGUACUGGUCCGCCCCGCCGUCCGUGGCUAUAACAGCGCUGCUUAUAUAUCAACCAGAUUCAAUCGUACGGAGCGACGCUGCUGUACGGUCUGACGCACGCUCUUGAUAUUGAAUGCCUGAUCGGACAACGCACGUCCAGCUGUUAUCUAUCACCUAUCGUACGAUGGAGUUUUCAUCAAGUGUACCAAAAGCUACAGCUGACCACACCUGUUAAUGCCUACCUCCUAGGAGGAAUGCCUAAUCGUCUGCACAACUAUAGGGCACAAGUUUGAAUGUGGUACUAUUUACCCAUCAAAGGCCACAUGGACGUCGCAAACAUCAAAGAAC